AUGCCGGCACCUCUGCGGGCUACAACCUUUCGGCCUCCAAGCGGAUGGGUUCUGGAGACCGUGUAUGCGUACAAUCUGAGAUGGCCCAUCUUGCGAGAAUGGUUGUGCGAUAUCUUCAAGAAGGAAGGUGGCCAAUUCAGUGAAAGCCAGCACGAGCGAACAUACAUAGAUAAGAAUUUGCGAGAGAAAACGAAGAAGGACAAAGAUAGGCAGAAUGAGACAAGAGCCAGAACUCCGGACCCUCCGAUUACUUACUCAGCGACGAUACCAUUUUGA